AUGCCGCCUAGCGAAUUUAGUCUAGCUGACGGUCAGAGCUCAGGGUUCAUUGACAACUUGGGCUAUUGCAGUGUCUUGCCUGUCUCUCGCUGGACAAAUGUUUCGGACGACGAUGAAGCGCUGACCAGCCUGCUGCAUCUGUUCUGGACCUGGGACAGUACAUUAUCCAAUAUAGUCGACAAGGGACGUUUCGUUGCAGACAUAUGUAGCGGUGGGCCUGGGCUUACAAUAGCAAGCCGAAAGGUGUUUUGUUCUUCUUUCCUCGUCAACGCCGUCCUCACUGUAUCCGCUCUGCAUUCAGCCAGAAGGUGUUACGCCUUCGAUCCAAACGCUAUCGCUCUCGCCCGUCUCUUCGCAGACGAAGCGUGUCAGUUGCUCGAAUCAGAGAGACGCGUAGGUUCCUUGACUUUCUUACAGGGAGCAUCUAUUCUCUGUUCGGGAGGCAUGGUCAGAGUUGGGCUUCGAAAAGGGCGACUUUACUGUGUUUAA